AUGGCCGGCACAGUAAACCAAGAAUCCUCCAACUCGGUGCUUUCGCAGCCCGCUGGCUCGGCUGCUCCAGACGGUGCUGGCAUCAUCCAGCUCGACCCCUGGCUUGAACCCUUCCGUGAGAACCUCAAGCAACGAUUCUCGAAAGCUCAACAAUGGAUCGAUACCAUCAACAAAACAGAAGGAGGUCUGGAGCAGUUCUCCAGAGGGUAUGAGAAGAUGGGCUUCACGUUCGGCCCAAACGGCGAUAUCACAUACAGAGAAUGGGCACCCGGUGCUCGCGAGGCAUCCUUGAUCGGUGACUUUAACAAUUGGGAUCGUGGUGCCAUUCCCAUGCGGAGAAACGACUUUGGUGUCUGGGAAAUUGUCAUCCCAGGAAACAACGGCACUCCUUCGAUCCCACACAACUCCAAGCUCAAGAUCUCCAUGGUUACAGGCUCCGGCGAACGUAUCGAGAGACUGCCUGCCUGGAUCAAGUAUGUCACUCAGGAUCUUUCUGUCUCUCCCGUCUACGAUGCCCGUCUAUGGAACCCUCCCGAGCACGAGAGGUAUAAAUUCAAGAAUCCUCGCCCUCCCUACCCCGAGAGUGUCCGCAUCUACGAAGCCCACGUUGGCAUCUCCUCUCCCGAGCCCAGAGUGGCCAGUUAUAAAGAGUUUACCAAGAACAUGCUACCCCGGAUAAAGUAUCUGGGCUACAAUGUUAUCCAGCUGAUGGCUGUCAUGGAGCAUGCCUACUACGCCAGCUUUGGCUACCAGAUCAACAACUUCUUCGCAGCGAGCUCCAGAUACGGCACCCCCGAAGACUUGAAAGAGCUCAUCGAUACCGCCCACGGGCUAGGCAUCACUGUCCUGCUGGACGUCGUACAUUCCCACGCCAGCAAGAACACAUUGGACGGUCUCAACAUGUUUGAUGGCACAGACCACCUGUAUUUCCACGAAGGUGCCAAGGGUCGUCAUGAGCUAUGGGACAGCCGUCUCUUCAAUUACGGCAGCCAUGAGGUCCUUCGCUUCUUACUCUCAAAUCUGAGAUUCUGGAUGGAGGAGUAUCAAUUCGAUGGUUUCCGCUUCGAUGGUGUUACAUCCAUGCUUUAUCAACACCAUGGUAUCGGUACAGGUUUCUCCGGCGGAUACCAUGAGUACUUUGGCCCUUCUGUGGAUGAGGACGGCGUUGUCUAUCUGAUGAUCGCCAACGAGUUGCUGCACACACUCUACCCCAAGGCCAUUACCAUUGCCGAGGACGUUUCAGGCAUGCCUGGCCUGUGUGUCAAGCUAUCUCUUGGUGGCGUUGGUUUUGAUUACCGCUUGGCCAUGGCUGUCCCUGACAUGUACAUCAAGUUGCUCAAGGAAAAGUCUGACGAUGAAUGGGACCUGGCAAACAUCGCCUUUACCCUCAUCAAUCGUCGUCAUGGCGAGAAGACGAUCGCUUACGCUGAGUCUCACGAUCAAGCAUUGGUUGGUGAUAAGAGUCUCAUGAUGUGGCUUGCCGAUGCCCAGAUGUACACCAACAUGUCAGAUCUCACCGAGUUGACGCCGGUCAUCGAGCGUGCCAUGUCCCUGCACAAGAUGAUCCGCCUACUCACCCAUUCGCUCGGUGGCGAAGGUUACCUCAAUUUUGAAGGAAACGAGUUCGGUCACCCAGAGUGGCUUGACUUCCCCCGAGAGGGCAACAACAACUCUUUCCACUAUGCUCGGCGUCAGUUCAACCUGCCCGACGACAAUCUGUUAAGGUACAGAUAUCUCAACGAGUUCGACCGCGCCAUGAACCUUUCUGAGGAGAAGUUUGGCUGGCUUCACACACCGCAAGCCUAUGUAUCACUCAAAAAUGACGCUGAUAAGGUUCUGGCCUUUGAGCGCGCCGGCCUGCUCUUCAUUUUCAACUUCCACCCCACCAACAGCUACACCGACUACCGCAUAGGCGUAGACACACCAGGCACCUACAAAAUCGCCCUCGACUCCGACCGAAAGGAGUUUGGCGGCUUUGAAAGGAACGAGCGAAGCACUCGUUUCCACACAGAGCCCUUGGCCUGGAACAACCGCGCCAACUGUCUCCAUGCCUACCUUCCUACUCGCAGCGUCAUCGUUCUAGCAUUGGAGAACCUCGUUGAUGCAUAA